GCAUUGGUUUAAGUAUCGUUUUCCAUGGAAAUGCAAAGUGGGCAUGUCCUGUCUGCUUUGCAAGAUUCUAGUGACCCAGCAGUUUACUGUACAGAAGAGUAAGUCCUUGCACAGUUUUUGAGAGUUUACUAAAAUGUUGGCAGCAAAAGCUUGGAUCCAAGGAUGCAUCCUGCUGGUGUUACUGACAUUAUGUGGACAAACUGCUCACUGCCAAAAUCAAUACAAAGGCUCUGCAAAUCAUGAAGAACUGAGACUCAUCCUGGUUGGUAAAACAGGAUCAGGAAAGAGUGCGUCUGGAAACACCAUUCUGGGGGAUACAAACACUUUCAAAGAGGACAUUUCACCUGAGUCUGUUACUGACGGCUGUCUCAGAAAAGAGGUAGAAAAAGGUGGAAGAAAAAUUGUUGUGAUUGACACUCCAGGGCUGUUUGACACAAGCAAAACACAAGAUGAAGUGAAAGCAAAAAUUGAGGAGUGCAUUGAACAGUCAGUUCCUGGACCCCAUGCUUUCCUUUUAGUCAUCAGCCUGAAGUCAAGGUUCACACAAGAGGAACAGGAUGCUGUCAAGUGGAUUCAAGAUAACUUUGGUUCAGAGGCUUCCUUAUACACCAUAGUUCUGUUUACACAUGGUGACCUGCUGCAGGAUAAAUCAGUGGAAGACUAUGUAAAAGAAAGCAUACAUCUUAAAACACUGAUAAAUCAGUGUGGAGGAAGGUACCAUUCACUCGUCAAUAAUCAGAAAGAAAGCAGAAAACAAGUCAAAAGUCUUCUAGAUAAAAUAGAGAAAAUGGUGGAAUUUAAUGGAGGAAGUCACUACACCAAUGAGAUGUAUGAGACAGCCCAGAAGAGACUUGAAGAGGAGAGGAUCAACUUAAAGGAGUGGUGUAAAAUGAUUGCUUUCGCUUCUGCGGGAUUAUUUAGUGCAGGAGCAUACUUUUCAUCAUAUUCUCUCAUGGCAUUGGGUGGAGCACUUGGAUAUUCUCAGUUAAAUUGCACAAUGGCAAUGUUUACAUAAGUGUAGGAGAUAGGACCACUAAACCUACCCCACUCCUCCAGCAAAGAAAAAACAAACAAAAAAAUAAGUCAUGCAUCCAGUGAUGGUUGUAGUUUUUAAUUAUAUAAUACUAUGGUGUGAUUUCUGACCAAUCAUCUGACAGGGUUUUGUGUUACAUAAAACUGACUACUUAAUAAACAAAUACUUUAUAGUCUGUUCAUAUAGGAUAUUUAUUUUACUCUACCGAGUCAUUUAUAUGAUCCUUAGUAUGACUCAACUUCUAUCAUCUUCUGUCAUAUAGACAGAGGAACAGAGGAAUU